CCACAGGUCAUCAGCUCCUACCUUCCAACACGGCUACACCGACGCGUAGGCACGCACGGACGCCGCUCCCAUCACUGCCCAGCUUGCCAAUCGCCAUACCCGCUCUCCCUCCGCUACAGUGCUCCUCCUCCUCCCCUUGCCACUUGAGUAGGAGUACAUGACCGACCAACCCCCCAGCCCAGGAUCUCCUUCCUCCCUUCCGAUCAGCUCCAUUCCAUGGCCGCUAUAAGUAGCAGCUGCAGCUAAUCAGUCAGCAACUAGGCACCAAACCAUCACUUCACUCCCACCCCCCCCCCCCCCCCCCCCACGCCUCUCGAUCCUCCCCGUCCACCACGCACGUACCAUCACCACACCUAGCUACCGCCCGCGUCGUCCCCGGCCAUGGCCGCCGAGAAGCCGCCUCUGCCACCCAAGCCGAAGCCGGCCCUGCCGCCCAGGCCGAGGCCGCCGCCUAACGCGGCGGCGAGGCCCGCGCCGCCGGCCCCCGCCAAUGGCUUCACCAGGCCCUCGCCGCCUUUCAAGAAGCCAGCUCUCGCGCCGCCGCCGCCGCCGCAGGUGCUCCCGCUCAAGCCCCCGCCGGCGCGCCAGUACCACCUCCACCACCAGCACCCGCCGCCCCCCGGCGGCGCGCGGAAGCCGGCGGCGCGGUACCGCCAGCAGCAGCACCGCCGCGGCGGCGGCGGGUGCUCGUGCCGCCGCGCGUGCUGCGUCGCCGCGGGGGUCGCCGUCCUCGCGCUCUGCCUGUCCCUCGCCGCGGCGUGCCUCGCGUACCUCUACUACCGCCCGCGGCCGCCGUCGUUCCACCUGCAGCCGCUGGACCCCGUGCGGCUCCGCCUCCUCGGCAACUCCUCGGCGGCGGCGCCCGCCCUGGACGCCACCGUGGGCGCCCGCGCCGUGUCGUGGAACCCCAACGAGCGCGUCGCGUUCCGGUACGGCGGCGGCGAGGGCCGCGUCGCGCUGGCCGACGGCGACGGCGACGUCGCGCUCGGGUGGGCGCCCGUCGCCGGGUUCGAGCACGCGCCGCGGAGCGCCGCCGCCGUGGCGUUCGUGGCGGCCGCCAGGGGCGUGGUCGUCGACGAGGCCGUCGCGGCGCGGGUGCGCGACCGGUACCGGCGGCGGCAGCAGGGGUUCAGGGUGGUGGUGGACACCCGCGUCGGCGUCCGCGUCGGGGCGCUGCGCACCGGCAUGGUGCCGGUCAGGCUGGCCUGCGACGGCGGCGUGAUGGCGCCGCGCGGCGGCGGGACCGCGGCGGGGCCCCUGAGCAGAUGCCAGGUGUAUCUGUUCAGAGUGAGAUGGUUUAGCUUGAAUUGAAGGCGCGUCCGGGGCAUCAGGGCUGCUAGCUGCUUAGAGACCACAUCAGGCUGCUACCGAAGGCGCUGAAGCUGCAGACGCCGUGAAUUAUCUGCGUGCUUUACCGACAAGAUUGGUUUGCUCCCAGCUUGAUUGGUCCUGAAUACAUGUUUGGAUGGCCUGAAGCAUUUAGUCAGAGCUAAAGAAGCCAAGUUUGUAACUGUAUAAUACACUCCCAGCUCCCAAUUCUUUUGAUUGUGUGGUGUAUACAAAGCAGGAAUGAAAUGGACGACGGGUGUGUGUUCUUCUCA